AUGGUUCAUCACAUUAAAGAUAAGGAUGACUUGGAAGCUAAAUUCACCGAAGCUGGAGGCAACUUGGUAGUUCUCGAUUUCUCGGCUGCCUGGUGCGGUCCUUGUAAAAUGAUUAGCCCCAAAUUGGACGAAUUGGCUACCGAAUACCCCAACGUCAUUAUCGUUAAAAUCGACGUUGAUGAAUGCGAAGAUCUCGCUAUGGAAUACAACAUCAAGUCUAUGCCCACAUUCAUUUUCCUGAAGAACCGCCAAGAAAUCGCGAAUUUCAGCGGAGCUAACUACGAAAGACUAAAACAAACCAUUGAAGAUAACAAGUAAUGCAAAACCCAGAGGAUUCUGCCUAAAUAUUUUUUUAAUAAAUUAUUCAAAAUAAAUAUGUAUUAAUGAUAUUGUAGCUCCGUUAAAACUAUAUUCGUAUUGCAUAGAAAUUUUAUUUUGUACUUGUUCUCGUUAAUGUCAAUUUUUUGAAAUAUUUUUGAAAAGUAGUGCCUGACGCUGUUAUACACUUCAUUUAUCUAUAAAUAUAUAUAUUUAAGAUUUACACAGUUGUCUUUUAAGUAUGUUAAUAUAUGUGACAUGUUGCACAUGAAGGUAAUAAAAGCUGUUGCUACAU